AUGCCUUACGUAGCGAGUAACAAUCUAGGCUACUAUUCUAUAGUGUACGCUUUGAGCCUUUUUAUCCUGAUUUGUGUUGGUGAGUUACUGAUUUUUGAGGUCUCUGGUGUCCUUUGCGAAACAAUCAAGAUGGCGGCUCAAUAAUGUUUUGUUAUCAAUUUCCUAUAGGGUUGUAUUACAAUCUUUCUGGCCUCGGAACAAGAUUUGAUAUAGGAUGGUAAGUUGUUAGAGAGUUUUCCUUCCUGAUUCAGUUGUCAUGAUACUUGAUGUGUGAUUCACAUUUGUUCGCGAAAGUAGCACGGUGAAUUGGUUACUCAGUAAUUUGGUUGCAGUGAUAACGCCUAAAAUACAUAUCUACAUUCGGUGACAAGGGAUCAGUACGACGCUGAAACUAAUUUAACGUCAUAACAAAGCGAGUUUAAGAUCAAGGGUUGUUAACAUCCAUGCUAGUUUCAUAUUGAUGUGAAAGCGUUGUAAAUUAAUAAAUUUAGAUUUAGAUGCAGAUAGGAAGCUUUCUAAUUUUGUUAUUUAUAUGUGUUUUAAUUUCAUUUCUUAAGGGAAUCAGGCGAAACUGCAGGUUUCAUGGUCACUUAUAUACAUUCUGUUGCCUCACAAUUGUUCUUAUUUUCUCAUUCCUUGUUCUCCAAAGUGCACCAAGAAGACAAUCCAAUCAGUGCCCUGCAUUUUAUUAAUGCUGUGGGAAUCAAUCCUUGCAAUGCAACAUGCAAUAUGCAAUAUGCAAUACACUGCUAGUCUAAAUGAUAAUUUUUUUGUCUAACUCAAUUGAAUUUAAUGAAAGGGUUAAGUUGGAUUCAAUUUUUCCUGCUAUGAACCUGGGCUUGGGACAAAGAAAGAAGCACAGUCUUUGAAGCCUUUGUCAUUUAACAGGUUUUUGGAGGAGACAUCUCCUUUCAUGUGGGCUUCUCUUGGAAUAGGACUGGCUAUUUCUCUGUCUGUGGUUGGUGCUGCUUGGUAAGUUCUUUGUUUACUACCAGGAGUGAUUAACAUCCAAUUUCUUAUGACAGUUUUUAACAUUACCUAGCAAUUAGACAAUGAGCAGAGACAAACUCAUCACUUAGGGGAUAUCAUCUUGAUGAAGCACCAAAUUCUCUCAACUAAUCAUAGAGAGGAAUAUUAUUUAGAGGGAAAAAUAUUCUCAUGAGUUGUAAAGUUAAUCACUUCAGUGCUGAAAUAUUCCACAUGUGAAAAGUUAGAAUCAUGCUUAAGAUUAAGUAUUUAGCAGUAUGGCGAAAGAGCUUUCUUUAGGUGAUGCAAAAUUUUACAAAUUAAACACUUCCAACCAAAAGAACUGCUUGUUAUCUCUUGUAGAAUGGUGACAUACCAAGGUUUAAUUCACAAAUGAAAGCAAAUGAACAGUGCAAGCAUCAUAGAAAUGAAACCAAUCAGUAGUCAACUGCUUUAAUGUAAUUAGUAAUCAUUAUUACCUUAUUCUAUUUCUUUUUUUCAAGGGGCAUUCUAAUCACAGGUUCAAGUAUUUGUGGAGGAGGUGUUAAAGCACCAAGAAUCAAAACCAAAAACCUGAUCAGGUAAAUUUUCAUGUCAUUUGUUUUACAGAGGAUUUUAUAUGGCAGAGUGCAGAUAUGAAUUUGUUAUUUCUCCUAAGUUAUUGAAGCACAGGAGUGAGAAAUCUUAUCAAUUGGGCUUGAAAUAAGGGCCAGUCAACCAAUAAUGUUGGGAGUAAUUUGAGAUUUGAUUGGUCAACCUGUCAUCUCACUUUUCAUGUUGACAGGUCACAUUCGAUUGCAUUGAAAACUAAAUAAAUUUAAGUUUCUGUACUAUUUAGUUGUUUCAAUUGUUACCAGAGUGUAGCAAGUUGUUGUGUAUUGCCCAACUUAAAAUUGUUGUUUACAAUUUGCACCCAUCAGGGUUUGCACACUUCCGUUCACAAAAUUGAAGAUAUUUGCACUUUUAUUGGUUAAUUUUCAAGUAUUACAUUUCUCCUUGCAUAUUAUGUAAUUCCUCAGCCCAGUAUAAAUAUAAACAAAGUAUAAUGCAAAGGAAUUAUACUUUUUCAAACCAAUUAUUAUUCCUCUCUUUGCAAGUUUAUCUAUGUAUUUAUUUGUUUCAUGCAUAAUAUACACUAUAGAAUUAAAAGGUUAUACAUGAAUUAUUGGCAGAGUUUUAGGAUCGAGAUCACACACCGUGAUACAUAUACCAGAAGUCAUUAUAUUUGGAGGCACCAGACAAAUUUAAUUUGUACAAAAAUGAUGUUUAAUGUUUUUUGGGUUAGUCUUAUAAUUUGUUUUUGUUGUUGAGGAUGAGUGUAUAAAGUGUUACAAGCUCUAAGCAACAACUUUUUCAGAAAUAGAUAGCACCACUUUUGGUUCAUGGGAUCUUGUUUUAAGAGUUGUUUAUAUUAUAAAUUUGACUAGCCAGAAACAAGACAUGACAAAGCUUAAAUGAAUUUGGCUGGUCAUCAUGUGAGGUGACUCUCAAGAAAUUAUUUUGAGCCUUUGUUGUUUACUCCAUGAGUAGAAAAAUGUUAGAUCAUGAUUGAGGGAACUGGGAACACCAUUAUUAGCAAAGUAGUGUAAUGAAAAGGGUUAAUUUGAUUCCUCAUUAGAACCUUAAUCAUUUAAACUAAUACAUGUGAAUGUUAAUGUUGAAUGCCAUGAGAUAAGAAUAAUUUUGCAUCCAGUGAUAAUAUAUCAAAGAAAGUAAGUCUUCACCAUUCUCCAUUUGCAGUAUUAUCUUCUGUGAAGCUGUUGCAAUUUAUGGAAUCAUCAUGUCCAUUGUUAUGUCAAACUACAUUUCGGUAAGGAAAAGUGAUGUCAUAACACUUUCUAAAACAAGGUCUUGAAAUUUUUAUAGUGUAAAAAUUAACAGUUUAAUUUUAAACUGAUAGUUAUAUUAAACCAGUAGGACUUGUCUUUAGCAACCAGUGUAGUUCUUUAACAAUUGCGCUGAGAGCAUUUGACCAGUAUGACAGAGUGCAGUAGACUUUGAAUUAUGUCCAAGUCUGAAUUGUUUCAGGAUCUAUUUUCACAACUACCUGUACCAACAGUGUACAUUGUGUAUCUAUGUAACUGUGUUGGCCUUUCCUCUGUACAAACACAUAUCAGUAUCCUCUAACUGAUUAUUUAUUCUGUUUGUUCAAAAUUGUGCUUAAUUGAAAGGGGGAAUCUUUAGUUUUUGUCUUUUCGAACACAAUACAGAAUGUGUUUCUUUAUUGUAAUUAAUUCUUUGUUUUUCCUUCUGAUCACAGACUGUACAUGAUUUAAAAACGCCAGAAGCAAUACAAGAAUAUCAUACCACAGGUGAAUUUAUUUAAACUUUCAUAAUUAUUUCAGUUUUGAUUGUGAAUGGAAGUUUAGUCUUGUAUAUUUGGUUUCUGGUUAGUGCAUCUGAAGAGGCACAGGUUUCAAUCAGACAUAUCCCAUGAAAAUUUUAUGUUUUGGAGGAGUUGAAGGGGUUCAGCUCUCAGUAUGGAAAUAAUGUUUUUAAAACCAGUUGCUCUGGGUAGACAUUUUCAGAAAUAAUGAUAUUUGAGCUCAGUAAUCUUGUGUUUGGUUUGGAACUGAUUUUUUUGUGUGUAAAUACUUUUCCAGGAUUUCUGGUUUUUGCUGCUGGUUUGACAGUUGGAUUUUCAAAUCUCUUCUGUGGUAUUUGUGUGGGGAUUGUUGGAAGGUAAGUGAAGAAUGGGUAAACUAAGUUUGUUGUUGAAGAACAUAAGGGGUAUAUUUAAAAGUUCUAUCCCUCAACAUCCUAGCAUCAGUAGACAUGCUGAUCUCAAUACAUCUAUACUGUUCUCAAUUCAUUUCCUAAGGUGCUGAUAAGGAGAAUUUGUUUAAAAAUCUAGAAAUUCUAUCAUUGGUAAUCAUUUCCUUUUUGCUUGUGACCCUUAUGUGUGAUUUUGAGGGUGAUAUUGUAAGAAGAACCUAGAUGCUAGUCACUCUCAGGGGUUAAAGCUUCAAAAGAUAAUUUACUUUUAAGGGAAAGUAUUAAGAAAAAUGGAAUUUUCGAACAAGUUGAAGGAGGUACACUGAAGCAUUCUUCCUGAAAUAAGCAUGGGUGUGAGCAACAACAAUCACCCUUUUAUAUGAAAUUUUAUUGAGACAUUUGAGAUUUUUUAAUUACUGUUUCAGUGGGGCCGCUCUUGCCGAUGCUCAGAAUUCAUCUCUCUUUGUCAAGGUAUGAGUAAUUUAUAUCCCAUGUUUGAAUGCCUUUGAAUUUGGUGAUAGGCACUGUAUGAUAUUAAUAGCAAUCUAAGUGUUUUAAAAUUCUUCUUUGGCUUUGUUUUUAGGUUUUGAUAGUGGAGAUCUUUGGAAGUGCUAUUGGGCUAUUUGGGGUCAUCAUUGCUAUUAUACAGGUAAAUGACUGUAAACAUAAAUGGAAAAAAUCCACUUAAUAACAAAAUAAGGAUUUAUAUUUGCUAUGCUCUCUGGCUCUGAAAAAAAUCAGUGUGUGAAAACCAUAACCUUUGCUAUCAUUCAAGGAUCCUAAAUGUCAAUGUACUAUUAUUGUUACCCAGGAGUAAUAAUUUAAAUGACCUUGUAAAAAUAUUUGUUUCUCUCUUUUACAUAAAACUGCACACAACUUGUUUUCAUUUGAGAACUUUCAAGAAGUGUAUGUUACACAUGCUUAGCCCCCAUGUAGAACAUCAGAUGGUAAUAUGUCAGUCAUGGGAAGAGAGCCUCAUCAAAUCUUUAAUUCCCAAGAUCUAAGUACCAGUUCUCUACAUUGUCUGUCAUACAUUUCUAAUCAGUUUAGCUCUGAGGUUGUGGUGUUGAAUCAAACAAUAUUCCCCAGCUGAUAUUUUUUAUUUUUCUUUGUUACCUCCUUUGGUCAAUAUUUUGGUAUAAGAUAAAAACAUGGGGUAGGGUAUUGAACACUGAUAGGAAGUUAUAUCCAUUCACAUUGCAUGGUCUUUAUUAUGUUUUUUCAAUAUUUUCUACUCUUUAGACCAGUAAAGCAACGCCAAUGGGGUCUAUCAAGGAUCAUAACUAA